CCAGGCCCGGGGACCGGGGUGGGGGUGGGAGGGGGGCUGAGGGGAGGACCUGAAGGGAGGCGGCAGGGCCAAAGGGACCCCCGGCGCCCUGCCGCCAUCAGAGAUCAAGCAUCUGGCAUCAGGGAUCUUCGGACCCAGCAGAAGGAUCAGCCACAGGGGAGGUGUCCUCCCAGGGAAGCCAACGAGAGCUCCACCUGCCCCACAUCAGGAGUGCCCCCCCCCAACGCUGCUGGCAACCAUACCAGGACCCUAACCCCUCAGCCUGCAACCCCAUCACCCUUCUCAGGCCCUUUCCUCCACCUCCAGCUCUAAUCUCAACCCCUAGUUCCCAGCGCCCCUGCUACCACCCUAACCCUCCAAGUCUUGGCCACACUGCCCCCCAUCCUGGGAUAUCUGCCAGAUCUCUGGGAGGGAGAUCGUUUGCUUGGGCUAUGCCCCCUGGUGGCAUGACAGUGUCUGCCUAGACCCCUGACCCCGAGCCCUCAACUCCCUGGGCCUCCUUUGUGUGAAGAGCGGCCCCUCCGCUCAGCACUGUGGUUGAGGCCAAAGGGAAAGCCAGCCCCAGCCACUUGCCUCCUUGCUGGGCAGCUCCCCCUGGCCUUCGGGCCUCUCCCUGCUCCCCUCGGCCCCUUCUCCUGGGCCGCCCCAAUGAAGGAACCGGAUGCCAUCAAGCUGUUUGUGGGGCAGAUACCGAGGCAUCUGGAGGAAAAGGACCUGAAACCCAUCUUCGAACAGUUUGGUCGGAUCUUCGAGCUGACUGUCAUCAAGGACAAGUACACCGGGCUGCACAAGGGAUGUGCCUUCCUGACAUACUGUGCCCGCGAUUCAGCCCUGAAGGCCCAGAGCGCCCUGCACGAACAGAAGACGCUUCCAGGGAUGAACAGGCCGAUCCAGGUCAAGCCAGCCGACAGCGAGAGCCGAGGAGAGCCAUCGGUCAGGGAAGACCGGAAGCUCUUUGUGGGGAUGCUAGGGAAGCAGCAGACAGAUGAGGACGUCCGGAAGAUGUUCGAGCCUUUCGGGACCAUAGACGAGUGCACUGUGCUCCGGGGCCCAGACGGCACCAGCAAAGGCUGCGCCUUCGUGAAGUUCCAGACUCACGCCGAGGCCCAGGCCGCCAUCAACACCCUUCACAGCAGCCGGACCCUGCCGGGUGCCUCGUCCAGCCUGGUGGUGAAGUUUGCUGACACGGAGAAGGAGCGAGGUCUCCGCCGAAUGCAGCAGGUGGCCACCCAGCUGGGCAUGUUCAGCCCCAUCGCCCUCCAGUUCGGAGCCUACAGCGCCUACACCCAGGCCCUGAUGCAGCAGCAGGCGGCCCUGGUAGCGGCUCACAGUGCCUACCUCAGCCCCAUGGCCACCAUGGCUGCCGUGCAGAUGCAGCACAUGGCCGCCAUCAAUGCCAAUGGCCUCAUCGCCACCCCCAUCACCCCAUCCUCAGGAACCAGCACCCCUCCUGCCAUCGCUGCCACGCCCGUCUCUGCAAUCCCUGCUGCCCUGGGCGUCAACGGCUACAGCCCGGUGCCCACCCAGCCCACUGGGCAGCCUGCCCCUGAUGCUCUGUAUCCCAACGGGGUUCACCCCUACCCAGCCCAGAGCCCCGCGGCCCCCGUGGACCCCCUGCAGCAGGCCUACGCGGGGAUGCAGCACUAUACAGCAGCCUACCCGGCAGCCUACAGCCUGGUGGCGCCCGCGUUCCCACAGCCUCCCGCCCUGGUGGCCCAGCAGCCUCCGCCUCCCCCCCAGCAGCAGCAGCAGCAGCAGCAGCAGCAGCAGCAGCAGCAGCAACGGGAAGGCCCUGAUGGCUGCAACAUCUUCAUCUACCACCUGCCCCAGGAGUUCACUGACUCAGAGAUCCUCCAGAUGUUUGUCCCCUUUGGCCACGUCAUCUCAGCCAAAGUCUUUGUUGACCGGGCCACCAAUCAGAGCAAGUGUUUUGGCUUUGUGAGUUUCGACAAUCCGGCCAGUGCCCAGGCUGCCAUCCAGGCCAUGAACGGUUUCCAGAUUGGCAUGAAGCGCCUCAAAGUCCAGCUAAAGCGGCCUAAGGAUGCCAACCGGCCCUACUGAGGGCCCCAGGCCUGGAGACACCAGAGGAAGGGGCGCCUCACCCCCUCGCCCCACGACUGGCCCCAGCCCUCUCUGCACAUCCGCCCUGGGCCUUGAUUGGGCUCUGGGGCAAACGCUGCUUCAUGGCCCUGGGGGCACAGGACACCGGCCCACUCCCACCACCCCGCCUCCCCAAAGGGCCUGUUUCCUCCCAGGUGCCCUUUUGGCCUUUGUGAGGGAGCAAGGAACAGGCUCGAAGGCUCUGGGGUAUCUGCCUUCUGCUGGGGCUCCUGUGACGGGCCUUCUGCGCCCAGCCUUCGCACUUGCCUCCCCCAGCAGCGGGCCUCUUCUACCUGUGCGGCCCGGGAGGGCAGCAGGGGCCUCCCACAUGCUCCCUGCCCACCCUCGCCCCAGCCUCGCCCCCAUAUUCGGGGUUUCUCAGAAGCUGGUUGUCACACUCCCUGUGGCCACCCUCAGCUCGAGGUAGGAUAUCCCUGAACCCUGGGCUCCCAGCCCUAAAACUCACUGCCUCCCCCAAGGGCCCCCUCCAAGGAGAAGCCCUGAGGGCUGCCUCUCCGCCAGUCAGCCACAGAGACCCUCCUCCUUUCACGAGGAAAAGACCUCCCCCAAACCCCUAAAAAUGUUUACAGUCUCUGCUGGCCCCUCCGUGUAAAUAGCACUACCACCCGUGCGUUAUCCAGCCCGGCCCAGCCCGGACGCUGCCAUUUCUCUUUCUGGGGGUUUAGACAAUGUUUCCCUUGGAUUUUCUCUCUCUCUUGAGUUCUCCCUUUGCUUUGGGGGGUAACUGGGUAUUUGGGAGGAGGGGUGUGGGGCGGGCUAAAGGGGUUUAUUACCUGAUCAUUUUCUCUAGAAAGAGGUUUUAGGGAAGAGAAAUGGGGUGGGGGUGGGAGUGGUCCGGGGAGAGUGGGGAGUCCGUUUCAGACACUUCUCUAUGCUUAACUUAUUUAUUUAUUGCAUUUUACUUUUAAAGAGUUGGUCUUUUCUGUCUAAAUAAAGAAAAAGUUUAAAAGCAUCAAAUAAGUGUCUUGGGAGGUUGAAGGUAGGGGAUGGAUCGGGGACGGGGUGGGAGGGACGUGAGGAGAGUGAGGUUUGGGAGAGAAAACUCUAUCAGGAAGGCCCAGCCCUUGCCUUUGAGCAGUGUCCAGGCACUGAUCACGGCUUCAUGAUCCUAUUCUUCUGCCCUUCUUUUGGACUUAAUUCUGGAAUGCUCCGUAGAGCUGGGCACAGAGGGAAGAAAGCAGGUCAGCA